AUGUUAGGGCCCGUUGAAAAGCAAGGAGGUUCGCCUGGCUAUGACACCAUUAUCAGGUUCACACGAGAGCCUCCUCCCAUCAUACAAAAUGGUGAUUCUUUUACUGUAUCCGUGAUGGUGAUGUUCGGAGAGUCCAGGGGACUCCCAAGGGCACCAACGCAAGCAUUUGCCAUCAAUGUGUCUCUCGUCGACGAAUACGGUGCAAAAACAAGCGGGGGACUACAAGGAAGCUUGACCUCUAAUAUGCAGUUCCAUCCCCACCAACCUGCGAAUGGUUUCGCUGUGUUUGACAACCUCGCCGUUUGCCAGACAGGGUCAUGGCGACUCCGAAUUUUGCUAGGGGCCUUCUCAUGCGCCGAAAUGACUGUCGAGGCACGUGCCGAUUCGAACGUCUUCCACGCAAGCGAUCUGUGCUGCAACUCCUUUGAGGUUCUUAACUUCGGCGGCCUGAGUCAGGAAGCAUCAGCUGUGUUCCGAGGAGAACUGAUCCAUGCGGACUCGGCGGGCUGUCUAUGCAAUUAA